AUGUCCACGGUUCCCGGAUCCAAUCUCCAAAACAGCACAAGCGACAAAGCUGAACCUGUGCCUCCUCUGCCUAAAAGUGGCACACGAGGACACAUGUGGAGUGAAGCGUGGAAGUUGUGGCCUUGGCCACAAUUUUCUGCUUUGCUCCUCCAAAAGACCGCAGCCACCCACGAAGCGGCCAUACAAGAAGUAAGUACUCUCGCCAACCGUCAACGCCGUCAUCGUCAUCAGCAAGCCACAAGCCGUCAUCAACACACCUGCACCAAGGCGAAUUCUCAAGACACCAUCAGCAAUCCACUAACCCAACGUCAGCCCGCCACCCACGCCACUCCACAAAACUCCGCAACAGUCCAGCCGUACGAAGAAAACCAUUUGUUGAAGUAG